GCCGCUGCUGCUGCUGCUGCACACAGGAGGACAAACCCACGCUUUCAUUCUCCACCUCCCUCCAUCUCUUCUCACUCCGCUUCCUCUCACUGCAGCGCUCUCUGUUCCUCCUCCUCCUCCUCCUCUUCAUUGUGCUGGUUCCUCAGGCGGAGGAUGGGUGGAUUCCUGAAUGAAGGGAAGGUGUGAUAUCAGAAGGCACUGACAGAUGGAUGGAUGGAGAGAAAACAGAAGCAUGAUGCUGCCACCGCCGUCGCCAACGCGGUGCGUCUGCUGAGCCAGCGAUUUCUGAUUCCACGCUGGUGAAACACUGAGAGAGAGAUAGAGGGACUGUGCAGUUCAUCUCCUGUGUCGCUUGUCCUCCAUCGCCCUGUCUGCUGUCUUGGAAGUGUUCAGGAAGAGAAGAAUCGUGAGUCUUCCUCUCUCUGUUGAGAUUACAGCUGAAUGUGGGAUUAUUUCUCUACAGUAUCAGAAGCUGUGGUGCGUUUCAAACUCAGGUGUAAGUCAUUUCUGAUGACUUUGUUGACUUGAGAGCUCAUUUUUUCAUCUGGAAACUUGAUUUAAUCUCUUGAAAACUGUUGGAAACUCAACUCAAGCUUUACACUGCUGCAGGGACGUUCAUCCUGUUGAAACUCGAGCUGCACACUAUUGCACAGAAGCUCAAACUCUGGGUUCUUCACUUGAAGACAAUCUGAAUCAACUGGAAACUCCUGUAAUUUCUCCGCUGAGUCUCUCCUCGAUGCCUCUGUGGACUUGUCUCAUUUAAAUAUUUCACCGUCCCCUCUGGAGUUUGAUCAUGGAGCUUCAGAGCGCCACCAGCGGUCUCCCCGGCCCUCUCUCCCCUGGCCAUCUGUCCCCGACUUUGGACUAUGCUGGCCCUCUGUCCCCAUCGUCGGGUGGCCCUGGCCCAUCUCACCCCACAAGCCCUGGCCGGGGUACGAGCCCCAGCCUCAGCCCCAUCAGGGGGCCCAGCCCUGGCCCCGGAUUCUCAGGCCAGGCUGCGUUCAACUACAACCAGCUGGAAGGGAGGUUUAAACAACUUCAAGAUGAGCGUGAGGCAGUGCAAAAGAAAACCUUCACCAAAUGGGUAAACUCGCACCUGUCCAGAGUUUCCUGUCGGAUCACCGACCUCUACAUGGACCUGAGGGACGGACGCAUGCUCAUCAAACUGCUGGAGGUCCUGUCAGGAGAGAAGCUGCCCAAACCCACCAAGGGUCGGAUGAGGAUCCACUGUCUGGAGAACGUGGACAAGGCUCUGCAGUUCCUGAAGGAGCAGAGGGUUCACCUGGAGAACAUGGGCUCCCACGACAUCGUCGACGGAAACCACCGCCUCACUCUGGGGCUCAUCUGGACCAUCAUCCUCCGCUUCCAGAUCCAGGACAUCAGUGUGGAGACGGAGGACAACAAGGAGAAGAAGUCAGCUAAAGAUGCUCUGCUGCUCUGGUGUCAGAUGAAGACAGCAGGAUAUCCCAACGUGAACAUCCACAACUUCAGCACCAGCUGGAGAGACGGGAUGGCUUUCAACGCUCUCAUCCACAAACACAGACCGGACCUGAUUGACUUUGAUAAGCUGAAGAAAUCAAACGCUCACUACAACCUGCAGAAUGCCUUCAACCUGGCUGAGCAACACCUGGGCCUCACCAAGCUGCUGGACCCCGAAGACAUCAGCGUGGACCACCCUGAUGAGAAGUCCAUCAUCACCUACGUAGUCACCUACUACCACUACUUCUCCAAGAUGAAGGCGCUGAAGGUGGAGGGGAAGAGAAUCGGCAAGGUUCUGGACAACGCCAUCGAGACGGAGAAGAUGAUUGAGAAAUAUGAAUCUCUGGCGUCAGACCUGCUGGAGUGGAUCGAACAGACCAUCAUCAUCCUCAACAACAGGAAGUUUGCCAACUCUCUGGUGGGAGUCCAGCAGCAGCUGCAGGCCUUCAACACCUACCGCACUGUGGAGAAACCACCAAAGUUCACAGAGAAAGGAAACCUGGAGGUUCUUCUGUUCACCAUCCAGAGUAAGAUGAGAGCCAACAACCAGAAAGUUUACACUCCCAGAGAGGGCAAACUCAUCUCCGACAUCAACAAGGCAUGGGAGCGUCUGGAGAAGGCAGAGCACGAGCGGGAGCUGGCUCUGAGGACAGAGCUGAUUCGUCAGGAGAAGCUGGAGCAGCUGGCUCGACGCUUCGACCGCAAGGCCGCCAUGAGGGAGACGUGGCUGAGUGAGAACCAGAGGCUGGUCUCCCAGGAUAACUUUGGUUUUGACCUCCAGGCCGUAGAAGCAGCGACUAAGAAACAUGAAGCCAUAGAAACAGACAUCGCAGCGUACGAGGAGCGAGUUCAGGCGGUGGUUUCCGUGGCAAAGGAGCUGGAGGCGGAGAGUUACCAUGACAUCAAACGCAUCACGGCCAGGAAGGACAACGUGAUCCGGCUGUGGGAGUACCUGCUGGAGCUGCUCAAGGCCCGCAGGCAGAGACUGGAGCUGAACCUGGGCCUGCAGAGAGUCUUCCAGGAGAUGCUCUACAUCAUGGACUGGAUGGACGAGAUGAAGAUGCUGCUGCUCUCUCAGGAUUAUGGGAAACACCUGCUGGGUGUGGAGGACCUGCUGCAGAAACACGCUCUGGUGGAGGCUGACAUCGCGAUUCAAGCCGACAGAGUCCGAAACGUUAACAGGAACGCUCAGAAGUUCGCUGACGACAUGGAGGGUUAUAAGCCCUGUGAUCCUCAGAUCAUCAGGGAUCGGGUCGCUCACAUGGACUUCUGCUACCAGGAGCUGAGUCAGCUGGCGGCUGAGCGGCGAGCUCGCCUCGAGGAGUCCCGCCGCCUCUGGAAGUUCUUCUGGGAAAUGGCGGAAGAGGAGGGCUGGAUCAGGGAGAAGGAGCAGAUCCUGUCCUCUGAGGAUUACGGCAAGGAUCUGACGGGAGCGUUGCGUCUGCUGAGUCAGCACAAAGCCUUCGAAGACGAGAUGAGCGGAAGAGCCGGCCACCUGCAGCAGACCAUCAAACAGGGCGAGGAGCUGGUGGCCGACAACCACUUUGGAGCCGACAAGAUUAAAGAACGCAUCCAGGACAUCCAGGAGCAGUGGGCGGCUCUGGAGCGUCUCUCUGCCGUCCGUAAAGCUCGUCUGCAGGAGGCCUGCAACCAGCACCAGUUCCAGGCUGAUGCCGACGACAUCGACACGUGGAUGCUGGACGUGUUGCGGAUUGUCUCCAGUGUGGACGUCGGUCACGACGAGUUCUCCACUCAGGCUCUGGUGAAGAAACACAAGGACGUGGCCGAGGAGAUCGGCAGCUACCGACCCGUCAUCGAGGCUCUGCACGACCAGUCUCGCACGCUGCCGCCCGAGAAGGCCGACUCUGAGGAGGUUAAGAGCCGGCUGGCGGGCAUCGAGGAGCGUUACAAGGAGGUGGUGGAGCUGACGCGGCUCAGGAAGCAGGCGCUGCAGGACGCUCUGGCUCUCUACAAGAUGCUAAGUGAAGCCAGCGCUUGCGAGCUUUGGAUCGAUGAGAAGGAGCAGUGGCUCAACAGCAUGGAGAUCCCCGAGAAACUGGAGGACCUGGAGGUCGUCCAGCACCGGUUUGAGAGUUUGGAGCCAGAGAUGAACAGCCAGGCAUCUCGGGUUGCCGUGGUGAACCAGGUUGCCAGGCAACUGAUCCACAGCGGACAUCCCAGCGAGAAGGAGAUCAAAGCCCAGCAGGACAAACUCAACACCAGGUGGAGUCAGUUCAGAGACCUGGUGGACCAGAAGAAAGACAGCCUGAGCUCGGCUCUCGGCGUCCAGAACUAUCACCUGGAGUGUAACGAGACCAAAUCCUGGAUCAAAGAGAAAACCAAGGUGAUCGAGUCGACCCAGGAGCUGGGGAACGACCUGGCCGGAGUCAUGGCUCUGCAGAGGAAGCUGACAGGAAUGGAGCGCGACCUGGCCGCCAUCGGAGACAAGUUGGGAGACCUGGGGAAAGAGGCUGAGCGCUUGGCCACCGAACACCCGGACCAGUCUGAGGCCAUCAAGGGACGUCUGGCUGAGAUUACGACCGUCUGGGACGAGAUGAAGGAUACCAUGAAGAACCGAGAGGAGUCCCUGGGCGAGGCCAGCAAGCUGCAGCAGUUCCUGCGCGACCUGGACGACUUCCAGUCGUGGCUGUCACGGACGCAGACGGCCAUUGCCUCCGAGGACAUGCCCAACACGCUGGCCGAGGCCGAGAAGCUGCUGGCCCAGCACGAAAACAUCAAGAACGAGAUCCGCAACUACGAAGAGGACUACCAGAAGAUGCGGGACAUGGGCGAGAUGGUGACGCAGGGUCAGACGGACGCGCAGUACAUGUUCCUACGACAGCGGCUGCAGGCGCUCGACACCGGCUGGAACGAGCUGCACAAGAUGUGGGAGAACCGGCAGAACCUGCUGUCCCAGUCCCACGCUUACCAGCUGUUCCUCAGGGACACCAAGCAGGCCGAGGCCUUCCUCAACAACCAGGAGUACGUCCUGGCUCACACUGAGAUGCCCACCACUCUGGAGGGAGCCGAGGCUGCCAUCAAGAAGCAGGAGGACUUCAUGACCACCAUGGACGCCAACGAGGAGAAGAUCAGCGGCGUGGUGGACACCGGACGCCGCCUGGUUACCGACGGCAACAUUAACGCCGAGCGCAUCCAGGAGAAGGUGGACUCCAUCGAUCAGAGACAUAAGAAGAACCGAGCGGCUGCCAGCGACCUGCUGACGAGGCUGAAGGACAACAGAGACCUGCAGAAGUUCCUGCAGGACUGCCAGGAGCUGUCUCUGUGGAUCAACGAGAAGAUGCUGACGGCUCAGGACAUGUCGUACGACGAGGCCAGGAACCUCCACAGCAAGUGGCUCAAACACCAGGCCUUCAUGGCCGAGCUGCAGUCCAACAAGGAGUGGCUGGAUAAGAUCGACAAGGACGGGAAGGCGCUGAUGGCUGAGAAGCCGGAGACAGAGGCCAUGGUCAAAGAGAAGCUGGCGUCUCUGAAGACGAUGUGGGAGGACCUCGAGUCAACCACGCAGACGAAAGCCAAGUGUCUGUUUGACGCCAACAAGGCGGAGCUGUUCACUCAGAGCUGCGCCGACCUCGACAAGUGGCUGGCCGGCCUGGACGGACAGCUGCAGUCCGACGACUAUGGCAAAGAUCUCACCUCUGUCAACAUCCUGCUCAAGAAACAGCAGAUCCUGGAGAGCCAGGUGGAGGUGCGUCAGAAGGAGGUGGGGGAGCUGCAGAGCCAGUCGCAGGCCCUCAGUCAGGAGGGAAAAGGCUCGGAGGAGGUGGACGGCCAGAGGAUCGGCGUGGAGAACAAGUUCCACGCCCUCCAGGCACCACUGAAGAAGAGACGAGAAAACCUCAUGGCCUCCCGCGAGAUCCACCAGUUCAACAGGGACGUGGAGGACGAGAUCCUGUGGGUCGAGGAGAGGAUGCCUCUGGCCACAUCGACCGACCAUGGACACAACCUGCAGACUGUACAGAUGCUCAUCAAGAAGAACCAGACCCUGCAGAAGGAGAUCCAGGGUCACCAGCCGCGCUACGACGACAUCUUCGAACGCAGCCAGCACGUCCUGAGGAAAGACAGCCCGACGGCCGAGUUCAUUCGCCAGCGCCUCGCCGAGCUCCAGUCGCUAUGGGAUCAGAUCAAGAAGGAGACGGAGAAGCGUCACACCCGCCUCAACGAGGCCCACAAGGCCCAGCAGUACUACUUCGACGCUGCAGAGGCUGAGGCCUGGAUGAGCGAACAGGAACUCUACAUGAUGUCAGAGGAGAAGGCCAAGGACGAGCAGAGUUCGGUGGCCAUGCUGAAGAAGCACCAGAUCCUGGAGCAGGCGGUGGAGGAUUACGCCGACACCGUCCACCAGCUCUCCAGCACCAGCCGGGGCCUGGUGGCCGCCGAACACCCCGACAGUGAGCGUAUCGGCAUGCGUCAGUCUCAGGUGGACAAGCUGUACGCCGGGCUCAAGGACUUGUCAGAGGAGCGUCGGGGGAAACUGGAUGAGCGAUUCCGUCUCUUCCAGCUGAACCGGGAGGUGGAUGACCUGGAGCAGUGGAUCGCAGAGAGGGAGGUGGUGGCCGGAUCUCACGAGCUGGGACAGGAUUACGAGCACGUCACCAUGCUGCAGGAGCGCUUCAGAGAAUUCGCCCGUGACACCGGGAACAUUGGCCAGGAGCGCGUGGACACCGUCAACCGGCAGGCGGAUGAGCUGAUCAACACCGGCCACAGCGACGCCGCCACCAUUGCAGAGUGGAAGGACGGUCUGAACGAGGCCUGGGCCGACCUGCUGGAGCUCAUCGACACCCGGACGCAGAUCCUCGCCGCCUCCUACGAACUCCACAAAUUCUACCACGACGCCAAGGAGAUCCUCAACCGCAUCCUGGACAAACACAAGAAGCUCCCGGAGGAGCUGGGCCGCGACCAGAACACAGUGGAGACCCUGCAGAGGAUGCACACCACCUUUGAACACGACAUCCAGGCACUGGGAACACAGGUGCGGCAGCUUCAGGAGGACGCAGUUCGUCUGCAGUCUGCUUACGCUGGAGAUAAAGCUGACGACAUCCAGAAGAGAGAAGGAGAGGUCCUUGAGGCCUGGAAGAACCUGCUGGAGGCGGCGGAGGGCCGCCGGGCGAAGCUCGUCGACACUGGAGACAAGUUCCGCUUCUUCAGCAUGGUGCGCGACCUGAUGCUUUGGAUGGAGGACGUCAUCCGUCUGAUCGAUGCUCAGGAGAAGCCCAGGGACGUGUCGUCAGUGGAGCUGCUGAUGAACAACCACCAGGGCAUCAAGGCAGAGAUCGACGCCCGCAACGACAGCUUCACAGCCUGCAUCGAGCUGGGCAAAGCCCUGCUGGCCAGGAAGCACUACGCUUCAGAGGAGAUUAAAGAAAAGUUGUUACAGUUGACGGACAAGAGGAAAGACAUGAUUGACAAGUGGGAGGACAGAUGGGAGUGGCUGAGACUGGUUCUGGAGGUGCACCAGUUCUCCCGGGACGCAGGUGUGGCCGAGGCGUGGCUGCUGGGUCAGGAUCCAUAUCUGUCCAGCAGGGAGAUCGGCCAGAGCGUGGACGAGGUGGAGAAACUCAUCAAACGGCAUGAGGCCUUCGAGAAGUCGGCCGCCACCUGGGAGGAACGCUUCGCCGCUCUGGAGAGGCUGACCACGAUGGAGUUAUUGGAAGUGAGAAGACUGCAAGAGGAAGAAGAGAAGAAGAGACAACCUCCGCCCACUGAGGCUCAGCCCGGUGAUGCUGCAGCUCAGCACAGGGAGGGUGAGCCGGUGUCUCAGAACGGGCUGCCGUCUGAUCAGGAGUCUCCCAGGGAUAAUGUUGAUGGUGGAGAGGUGGUGAACGGGGUGUCGGAGCCCAGCCCCGCAGGGUCUCCAGGGGCGUCUCGCAAGGGCAAGGCCAGCCAGGCGGCAACCUUGCCGGCCAAGACCCAGCAGGAUGCUCCUACGUCCCAGCUGGAGGGCUUCCUGCAUCGCAAACAUGAGUGGGAGGGACAUAACAAGAAGGCUUCAAGCAGGUCGUGGCACAACGUGUACUGUGUGAUCAAUCAGCAGGAGAUGGGUUUCUAUAAAGAUCAGAAGAGCGCUAGUCAGGGUAUUCCCUACCACAGCGAGAUUCCUGUCAGCCUGAAGGAAGCUGUCUGCGAGGUGGCGCUGGACUACAAGAAGAAGAAACACGUCUUCAAGCUCAAGAUUACUGACGGGAAUGAGUAUCUCUUCCAAGCCAAAGAUGACGAAGAGAUGAACGUGUGGAUCACGGCCAUCACAGCCGCCGUGUCGGGCGACAAGGUGGAGGUGACGCCCAGCAGCCAUAGCACGCCCGCCCCAACCGCACGCGCUCAGACGCUACCGGCCUCUGUUGCCACGGCGGCGGCGGCUGAAUCCAGCCCGGGCAAACGAGAGAAAGACAAAGAGAAACGCUUCAGUCUGUUUAGCAAGAAGAAAUAGACGCUCCUCCUUCCCUCCUCCUCUUCCUCCUCCUCCUCCUCUUCCCUCUGGUGCUGUUUGGGGUCGUUCCUCAUUAUCGAUCCAUCUUUGGUCAAAUAUUUGUUGAAGAUGUCCGUGUCAGUCGACUGAAUUUUCGAUUUAGAGUCAGCUCGUAGCAACUGAUACUGUAAUGACUAAAACUAAUAGAAUAACUGCUCAAAAUGUGAUUAAAUUAACUUCUGAAUGGGUUUAAAUGUGAUUAAAACUGUUAAUGUCUGUUAAUGUAAUAACAUCAAAUGAUAACGAUGUAACUGGAUGAAAAACAUACUUUAUCAGCAGUUUUUAUGUAACUCAUCGAACGAUCCGGACCGUUCCGCAGCAGUUAACGCAGCUGCGACGUCAAAUAAAAUCCCAAACAGCCACUUUUUUUCUCUUCCUUGUAUUCUUUCUUCCUCUUCCUCCUCUUCCUCUCUCAAAGCGUGACUCCAGCAUGCAAGCUCCGAGCCAAAACUCUCCACUCUGUGCCUAUCAACCGUCCGGUCUGGCUCAGAGCUACAGUACAGCUACAACACACCACCUGUAUCACCUGUUCAGUUUUUGUAAGAUAAGGAGCUGGAAAAACGAAUAAAAAAAAAAAUAAAUAAAAAAAAGAUCGAAUUGAUGGAAAACUAAUUUAAAGGGGGGUCUGCAAACGCUUCAGGCAGCUGCUGUCAUAAAGAUAAAAUCCACAGUUUGCCGCUGAACAACAACACGAUGUAGAGGACAUCCCAGAAUAUCCCUCUUUAUUAUUCUUAGUGCUAUUAGUUGUUUUAUAUCUCCUACUGUUUUGUUUCUUCUUCUCUGCUUUCUCAUCACCCCAGCUUUUCGUCAACUACUGCCUUUUGUGGGUUGUGUUUACGCUCCCAAGUCGUCUCAGUUUCUUUUGUUUUUUUAUUUUUUUUGUUUUGGGAAGUUGUAGGUAGUUCCUGUUAGGGUCCAUCCUCAGUUUUUGCGAGGCCUUGUCUUUGCAAGAUGACGUGUAUCCCUCUGUAGUGGGGAAAACUGAGACCACAGCGGGGUAAACCUCUGAAAUUACACCUCUCACAUGUUUGUUUGAGCUGAAAUGCCGAAACCUGCGUGAAGGUAUAAAUGUAGAAAUACUCAAACACAUCUUGAGCAGAAAAAUCCAACUCAAAGUCCAUAACCAGAGCGCACUAAACUGCAUUUGUGCACUGAAUAAUUCUGCUUUUCUGCUGGUUAAAUUUGUGCAAUAAACCCGCAAAAAGCUAAUUAUCAUUAUGUUCUGUUAUGUUUCGGUGCUGUCUAAUUCCUGCAGUUUCACACAGAGAGAACAGAAGCAGAAAGUGGCUGUAAUUUUGAGCGUUACCCUGCAGUGCUUUGAACUGUAUGUAUAACUUGUGUAUAACAAACUGUUAAAAAAAUAAACCUGUGUUUAAUUUCACCUAUAUUUACUACUAAUAAUAAGACCUACCAACCGUAAUAAGCUUCAUUUGAGUAUAACUUUCUUUACCUAAAUACCUAACGAUAUGUACACUUAACAAAUCUGAAUGAAGGAGGGGAAUAAAUAACUAAGACCAGUAAGAAUGUUUGUUAACUCAAACUUUAAAGCAUCCCGUAAGGUUUCUUUUCUACUCUGGUGACAUUUUUUUGACACAUUUAUUUCUUCCCUUAGUUAUUUGGAAAAUGUUUUUUUGUUUCCUCCAGUAUGUAUUUUCUGUUCCACAGUUAAGCUAUGUCUAAGGUUUAUUUAGUCUGACAAGUAUGGAGACGUAGAUGUACUAUUAAAACAAAAUUACUUUAAGCAUCGCUGUUAAGUGGACAAGUCGGUUUCUAAAAAGCAUUUACUGGAAGUGAGUAAUGUUGCAGAAUAAUGGUCGCUUGCUUGUUGGCUUCAGCACUCCCAUUUUUUAAUUUUUUUUUUGCCGCCUAUAUCCUUACAGUGAAAUCUGUUGAGUUACUUGUUUGGUUGCUUUCAUCUGGAAGUUAUUUAAUGACAAAAUGAGCAGGAGAAACUUGAGAUUUGAGUACGCAGAAACAGAUUUGUUAGCAUGAUCAUUUCUAAGGGCAAUGUUUUUGAGACCUCAUGAUGUGAACGGCCUUCCUGUCGCAUGUUAUCUUUAAAUUAGCAUGCUGUAGUUUUGGUAGUUUGUUUACCUUCGUGUGCCAAAACUCUGGAACACCCCUUUACUGUCAUUUGACCCAAUAGCACCCCUGUAAAUGCAGUUUCAAAACAUGAAAAGUGAGCUGGUUUGGGGGGAUUUAGGGCACUCAAAAAAUGGAUUUCAUGAAUAUACGACAGCUUGAUGUGGACGUAUUCUGCAGAAAAACAUUUUGCAAAAUCAGCUGUCACAGAAGGUGAGUUACAAGCUGAACCACAAAUCCAAACUUUUCUCUUGAAACCUGAAGUUUGAAUUUGUAAUUUUGUCAUUAAUUAACUUCCGUACACAAACAGGAAAAGUGGAGGCAAAACAGCAGGAAUGAGCCCCAAAGUGUAAAAGGUGGGUGUGUUUGUUUUUCCACAGCUGGUGGUGGGGUUGGUCGGGUGGUGAAAACACCUCAAGUAACUGUCAAACUCUUCACUCUGUGAUUGGUCCUGAAAUGGUUCCUGUUUCUUUUCUCUUUUCUUUUUGCUACAUUCUCUGGCAAUUUGAUAAAUAUAGUGUGCAUUCCUCUGUCACUGUAAUCAUAGUAACGAGAUAUUUCUUCAUAUUGCACAAUCAACAAUGCCACGAUGGGGGC